CGAGGUGCAAACCGCUAUCCGUCCCCAAUCUGAGCGCAUCGGCCCGGGACGGAGGCUCCGCGUCGCUCCGCUGCCUGAGGGACAUGAGCGGACCCAGAUAACCGCUCGGCCCGGCUCAGGCUCCCCUCCGCCGGCCGCAGAUGGAGAAGCAGGCCCGGCUGCUGGCCGCCGAGCUCCGCAUCAAAAACAGCCCGCACGACGUGAGCCUGUCCCGGCAGCUGCUCACAUGGAAGAGACGGCCUUCCUCCGCCGUGUACCCCUUCAGAGCCGCAGGCUGUCACAGUGUGGCGGUCUCGGAGAUCGUGGCGGUGACGCAGGGCGACGCGGCGAGCGGCCGGCACAGGAACGACGGGCGCUGGCAGAAAAUGUCCCCGAGGACUGAAGAGGUUCAGGAGCACAGCUUCACAGUGUCCUAUGUGGAGCGGACGCGGCAGCACCGCUGGCGGUGCAGCGAGGUGACCUUCCAGUGUCCAGAGGGGGCGCUGUGCCGGCUGUGGGUCAGCAGCAUCACAGAGCAGCUGCAGGCGCUCGCCGGCCGACCCAAGCGCCUGCUCGUCUACAUCAACCCAUUCGGUGGAAAGCAGCAGGGCCGCCGCGUCUACGAGCAGAAGGUGUCGCCGCUGUUCGCCCGCGCCGGCAUCGCCACGCACGUCAUCGUGACGGAGUACGCCAACCACGCCAGGGAUCACCUGAGGACGCAGGCCGAGCUCGACGACUUCGACGGCGUGGUGUGUGUGGGGGGGGACGGCAUGUUCAGCGAGGUGGUGCACGGGCUGGUGUGGCGGACGCAGAGCGACGCCGGCGUGGACCACCACAGCCCGGAGGCGGAGCUUCAGCCCUGCAGGCUGAGGAUCGGCAUCAUCCCUGCAGGCUCCACAGACUGCAUCUGCUUUGCUACUGUAGGCACCAACGACCCCGUGACCUCCGCCCUGCACAUUAUAGUGGGCGACUCCCAGCCGAUGGACGUGUGCUCGGUUCACCACAACAACACCUUCCUGCGCUACUCCAUCUCGCUGCUUGGAUACGGUUUCUAUGGCGACGUGCUGACGGACAGCGAAAGGAAGCGGUGGAUGGGGCCGGCCAGAUACGACUUCUCAGGUCUGAAGACGUUCCUGACUCAUCACUACUACGAAGGGACCGUCUCCUACCUGCCGGCCCGAGGCAUCAUGGGAAACCCCAGGGACCGGACCAAGUGCCGAGCCGGCUGCCUGGUCUGCCAGCAUAACGGGCGUCUGCACCAGGAGCAGCGAGCGGAGGCGUACCGGACAGACGACGUGUCGGACAGCGAGUGCGACGGGGAGUGGCGGACGGUCCGGGGGAAGUUCCUGGCGAUAAACGCCGCCAGUAUGAGCUGUGCGUGUCCCCGCAGCCCCAAAGGUCUGUCGCCCGCCGCCCACCUGGCCGACGGCACCACCGACCUCAUCCUGGUCAGGAAGUGCUCCCGCCUCGACUUCCUGCGCCACCUGCUGCGCCACACCAGCAAGGACGACCAGUUCGACCUGGCCUUCGUCGACGUUCACCGCGUGCGGCGUUUCCGCUUCACGCCGCGUUACUGCCAGAGCGACUCGGAGCUGGAGCUGGACCUGCGGGAGAACGGGAAGCGUCUGUUCAGUCAGAUCUGCCGCGACCACCCGGCCUGCGGCUGCGCCCCGGCCUACAGCAGCUGGAACUGCGACGGCGAGAUCCUGACGCACACCGCCAUCGAAGUCGGAGUGCACUGCCAGCUGAUCAGGCUGUUCGCCCGAGGGAUCGAGGAGCCGGCGGUGUUCGAAGAUUUCACCAACCCAUGUGCAAUAUAGGCCCCGCCCCCUCCUUCCUGUCUGACACUGGAACGUCCCACUGCAGAAACACACACACACACACACACACACACACACACACACACACACACACACACACACACACACACACACACACACACACACACACACACACACACACCGCUGUGAUCCGUCCUGCAGAGAAACGUUUCGGUUUGGAGAGAAGAAACCUCCAGUCCAGUUCAAUCCAGUCUGGUCCAGUUCAGUCCAGAAUCAUGUUGGACCGUCUCUUUGACUUUCCCAUGAGCUCCUUCAUGCCUGUGAACCUGCAGAGCUGACACUCUGCUCAGCCUCUGCAGCGCCCCCUGCAGGAGGAGCAGGAUUAUCAUCUACAG